AUGGAGGAUUCUGGCAUCCAGCGAGGCAUCUGGGAUGGAGAUGCCAAGGCUGUGCAACAAUGUCUGACAGAUAUUUUUACCAGCGUUUACACCACCUGCGACAUACCUGAGAAUGCUAUAUUUGGUCCCUGUGUCCUGAGCCACACUUCCCUGUAUGACAGCAUAGCUUUCAUAGCUCUUAAGUCUACGGACAAGAGAACAGUUCCCUAUAUUUUCCGGGUGGACACCUCAGCAGCAAAUGGUUCCUCAGAAGGGCUCAUGUGGCUCCGUUUGGUCCAAUCAGCCAGAGAUAAAGAAGAACAGAAUCUUGAAGCCUAUAUUAAAAAUGGGCAGCUAUUUUACCGCUCCCUCCGCAGGAUUGCCAAAGACGAAGAGUUACUUGUUUGGUAUGGGAAAGAACUGACCGAGUUACUCUUGCUCUGCCCUUCUAGAUCUCACAACAAAAUGAAUGGAUCGCCCCCUUAUACAUGCCUGGAAUGCAGCCAGCGUUUCCAGUUUGAGUUCCCCUACGUGGCGCAUCUGCGCUUCCGCUGCCCCAAGAGACUGCACAGCGCUGAGCUGAGCUCCUCAGACGAGCAAGGUGGCGGCGUGGGAACCAAGGACCACGGGGGCGGUGGCGGCGACAAAGACCACCCGCAGCAGCAACAGGAGGCACCCUUGAGCUCGGGCCCCAAGUUCUGCAAAGCUGGUCCCAUCCACCACUAUCCGGCACCCUCCCCCGAGAGCAGUAACCCGCCGGCGGCCAGUGGUGGCACCGCGAAGCCGUCCACAGACUUCCACAACCUGGCUCGAGAGCUGGAAAACUCCCGGGGAGGCAGCUGCUGCUCUCCAGCCCGGAGCCUCAGCAGCGGCAGCAGCGGCGGCGGCGGCGGCCACCAGGAGGCGGAGCUGAGUCCCGACGGCAACGCCGCGGGCGGCGGCAAAGGGAAGAGGAAGUUCCCAGAGGAGACGGCCGAGGGUGGCAGCGUGGGGUUGCUGGGCGGCCGGGGCCGCUUCGCCGAGAGGCCCCUGCCGGCCUCCAAGGAGGACUUGGUGUGCACGCCGCAGCAAUACCGCGCCUCGGGCAGCUACUUCGGCCUGGAAGAAAACGGGCGCCUCUUCGCGCCGCCCAGCCCCGAGACGGGCGAGGCCAAGCGCAGCGCCUUCGUGGAGGUGAAGAAGGUGGCCCGAGCAGGCGGCCUGCAGGAAGAGGCGGCCGUCGACAGCGGGAGCGGCCCGGUCGAAGACCAGGACGCGGGCGGCGGCGGCGGCGGCAGCUCCUCUUCCACGCCCGCGGCCGCGUCGCCGGUGGGCGGCGAGAAGCUGUUGGCACCGCGGCCCGGGGGCCCGCUGCCCGGCCGGCUGGAGGGUGGCAGCCCGGCGCGGGGCAGCGCCUUCACCUCGUUGCCCCAGCUGGGCAGCGCGGGCUGCAACGGCGGGGGCAGCGGUGCGGCCGGCGGUGCGGCCGGCGGGCAGGGCGCCGCGUCGGAUGAGCGCAAAAGCGCCUUCUCGCAGCCGGCUCGCUCCUUCUCGCAGUUGUCCCCGUUAGUGCUGGGCCAGAAGCUGGGCGCGCUUGAGCCGUGCCACCCCGGCGAAGGCGUGGGUCCCACCCGACUCUACCCGGCCGCCGCCGACCCCAUGGCCGUGAAGCUGCAGGGGGCCGCGGACCUGAACGGCGGCUGCGGGGCUCUGCCGAGCGGCGGCGGCGGCCUGCCCAAGCAGAGUCCCUUCCUCUACGCCACCGCCUUCUGGCCCAAAAGCUCCGCGGCGGCCGCGGGGCCCCUGCAGCUGCAGCUGCCCUCGGCGCUCACGCUGCUGCCGCCGUCCUUCACCUCUCUGUGUCUGCCGGCGCAGAACUGGUGCGCCAAGUGCAACGCCUCUUUUCGCAUGACCUCCGACCUGGUGUAUCACAUGAGGUCCCAUCACAAAAAAGAAUACGCCAUGGAGCCCUUAGUGAAACGGCGGCGGGAGGAGAAACUCAAGUGCCCCAUUUGCAAUGAGUCUUUCAGGGAGCGCCACCACCUCUCCAGGCACAUGACCUCUCAUAAUUGA